AUGAGCUAUACGGUCGAAGAACGAACCCCUCACGUGAAGAGGGUCCAUUUCUCAGACGGCUACACUGCUGGCAGUGCCACACCAGUCGACGACUUCUUGUUCGAAAGGGCCAAUACCUCGAAUGAUUCCAAUGCACAGGGAGGUUCUAGUACACAAGCUACCAGCAUCCUCAAGCAGACCACCAAGAAACAAGACAAGCCAAAGGCAGAACAAUCACGUUUGGAAAGUCUCCAGAGAAAAUAUGCUUUACGCAAUGCCAGUCAACCUGACAGGGAAUCGAGGUUCACAGAUCCGCUUAUGAAACCAGGGCGUGUACCUCCACCACGACCUGAGGAGAUGUUUACAGCAGGGCCUCCACGCCGCAAUAGCUCCUCUGACGGCUUCAGCCUUCCGAAGUUGCCAACAAUACCAAGGGUACCGCGUGUACUCAUAUUACCAACACAAGCCUGUGCACCAAGCGCAUCCAAGUCACCAACAGAAGCUGGAGCAACAAGUGUGCCCAUAUUGCCAACGCAAGCCGGGGCAUCAGAAACACCUACGCCACCAACAAGAGCAAGAGCACCGUGUCUACUCAAGAAAUCUGUGGAACAAGGCAGACCAGACAAGGAAGUGAAAGUUGCAACAUCCCAUCCUCCUCCUCCACGCCAUGAGUCCCAGUUUCUCAGUUGUAAUCUUCCCACUUCGGCAGAAGUAAGGCUUCGAAUUCCCAGGGAUCUUUUUAUCUCUCCCAACCUUCCUGAAUCAAUACAACAACUAGAACGACUACUUGCAGGCCGUGGGGAUCUCGUCAUCUCUCCCAACGUUCCCGCGUCACUGCCACAGAUCGAGUCACUGCCUCCACCCCCAGGAGCUGCCUUUCCCAAUCGCAGAUUUCCUCCACUGCCAAACCAAGCAGGAGCACCAGGUGUAGCCAAUACCUUGGAAGGAGAAGCCAGGGAAUAUAUUACACUAGCACCUUUCCACCCGGAAGCCGCAUCAUCGUCUCACAACCUUCCCCCGUUGUCAGCGACUGUAGGCGACCUACUUCCACACCGCCAUAUCUUCAACCUUAGACCCAUUCUUCCCAAGCCAGCAACCCCAGAACGAGCAUCAAGUGUAGUCAGCCAAUCACCAGGACCCGCAGCAGGAAGAGAAGCACGUGCAGCUAGUGAACCUGUCAGACCCGCGAGAGGAAGAGGCCGAGGGCGAGGCAGAGGAAGAGGAAGACCUAGAAAAGUACCUGCAGCAUCGCCUCUACGCAACGAAAUUAUCAUUCCACCGCCAGCCCAGCCAAUAGAGCCGCCUGUAAACUUCAAUAUCCCCAUUCCCAACCUCGGUCUUCCUACGCUAUCAGUACGACCAGGGGCAUCACGCAUAUUCACUGAACUCUCUACCCGCGACUCUCAUAUGGAAGAUGUCAGACUGGCGCCAGAAGAACCAAGGGAGUCAGAAGUCAAGCCACCUUCCACCACGAACCAACCCUCUCCUUCUCCUCCGGCAACUUCGUCCUUACCACCCCCCAUCACGCCACCACCUCCACCUCGCAGUCCCCCCAUUUCCAUCUUCUCCGCAUCAUCCUCCCCCUCUUCCGCACCUUCAUCCCCAUGUCCACAACCCACGACAGCUACUCCUCGCCCCCCUCUCUAUAUCUCUUCUGCCGCCUCCUCCCCAUCCCCCUCCCCAUCUCCCACAACCCGCCAACUCGCCGCCUUCGCAGCAUCCAUCUACCACUCCCCCUCCCAGUCCACCACACAACCCCCUUCCCACCCAACUUCAAAACACCCAACCCUAUCCUUCCCCCCUUACCCCCCCACACUCACCCCCCGCGCCCUCCCCCACUUCCACACCGGCGCCACCAUCGCACUCGAAAAUAUCAGCCAAGACUACGCCAUCACACCUGACUUUUCGCUUCUGCAUCUCGUUGACGAUUUACAAGACAAUCGCCCGACCGUGUUCGAUUGGGAGCAUGUUACGGUCAUGAGUGGCGGCAAUUGGGUGUUUGGGGUGUUGAGGCAGGUUUGGCGGGAGUGGGGGGUGAGGGUGGGGGUUGAGGAGGUUGUGCAGGAGUUGAUGGAGUGGGUUGAGAGGGAGUUUGAGAGGGUAGGAGGGGGCAGUGAUUGA